UUUUAUAUAAAAAUUGCAUUCUGAUUAAAAAAAAAAACUUGUCGAGAAUCGAACUAGCAAUCUCGCGCUUACCAAUCAGGCGUACUGUCGCCGAACCAUACGGUUUCUGAUAUAGUGAUUCGUUAAACUUGUUCAUACAUUGUUUAUUUGUUCAGAAUUUUUAACUUUAAUGUUUUAAAAAAUGCUUGAGAAUUACGCUUUCUUCUUUUGCUCAAUAAAAGUUCAUACUAAGACUAUAUUAUUGAAAUCGAAUAUUAUAUUAUUGAAGUGGUGGGUCGCUCACUUUGUGAUCUCCUCUUAUUAGUCAAGGUAACUAUAUGCAGCGGGUAAAUAUACGCAUUGCCUAUAACUCUGUGUAAAAGGUACGGAGUGUUGGUGUCUGCGAAGUCUUUAGUCGUCAUCUCAAGGUGAAAAAAUUAAACUUAUAUCGGAAUGUAACGCGCGCUUGCAAUAGAUAAAAAUACAAAAAUGUGUGAAAAUAAAUAAUUUUUUUUUUUAAGUUUCGUUGUACUUCGACAUCUUGCCACGUUUUAAUUACUCGACGAAAGAAAGCAAUAUAUAUUUGUAUUAAAGUUACAUCGUUUGUUAACGAAAUCAUUUUACGAAAAAAUGUCAAGUUAUUUUAUUGUAUAGAAGUUAGAAUUUUUCUGGAAAAAUUGCCCAAUAAGUAAAUUGAUCACAGACUGCGCACAGAUUGGUAGCAAAUUUGAUCAAAAUCCCACACCAAAACUAUAGUCAUCUGUGUUCACAUUCAGCUCGUGUUUUGAUGACAAAGCCUGCCGAUAGAUGAUCCGAUUGGCAACAGAAAUCGCGCAGAACCUGCUGCCAAAACCGAACAGAUCUUGCUGCGCGCAGCAAAAUUAAUCCCCCGUAUUUAACUAUAGAAUAUAAGCAACAUGGCAGCACCUUUUCUGAAUUAUUAUGGUGAACCAAUAUGCGACUCUUAUUAGGUAUACACAUUAAUUCGGUUUUCUUUCACAUUUCGUACUUUAUAAUUCCGUUUUAAAACUAAUAAUUUCCUGCCUUUUUGCGAUUUGUAAGUGUGUAUUACUAAGUUCUGUAGUAAUGUUUCAAAACAUAUACUUUGGCGAAGCAGACGACAUAACCUCAUGAAACAGCACGAUGGCGGUCGAUGAACAGCAUUUGAGGCGCUGCAUUGUUUUCACAUUUUGAUUAAAGAAAAAUACUGAUGUUACGGAAAUGAUUUGUGCCGCUCUGGGUGAAGACGCUGUAAUACAUAAAACGUGUAAAAGUGGUGUCAGAAGUUUCGGAAUGACAUUGACAUUUUUCAAAAGUUGCAGAGACAGCGGUAUUGUACCAAAAUUCCUGCUAAAAAAUCAUCUAAGUACCAAAAAGCUAAUAUCCAAACAAAAACAAGACUUUAUUGAUCAAGGAAUGCAUCACCUAUAUAAAAACCUAAAUCUACAACAUAUUCCAGAAAUUACUCCGAGCACAUCUGGAACUGGCCUCUUCCAUUCAUCCAGACUUAUGAGCCACAGUGGACCAACAUAUGAACAAUUUCAGCAGAUACGUAUAUUAACGGCCAGAAAACAAAAGGACAUAUACCAGAAAUUGGCACCACAGAAAACUGUUCCCGUAUCAACGCCGUGAAAAACUUCUCAAGCAAAAGGUUUUACCAGAAACUAUCUCCGCCUUUGCCGAAGGAUUGAAUUACACAAUAGCACCCACUAUAAUAUCGAAGACAGAAAUCAUAAUCAACAUAGAAUCCUCCAUUUACAUGCUCCAACCAGAACAAGCAAACAACAUACGCUUAAAAGCAGCUGAUAUUCUAAGGAAAGCCAAAUCUUCAACACCUUUCCAGAAUACCAAGUAAGGUAACUAAAUCGCUCUGAGGUAACUAAAUGAAGACACGAAUAUCAUCAUUCUACUAGCAGAUAAGGGCAAUAUAAUCAUAUUAAUGGACAUAAAAGACUACGACUCAAAACUACAAGCCCAUCUAGCAAAGGACAUCUUUGAGAAACUAAGAAAAAAUCUCACGUCAGCAUUAAAAAAGCAAACUACUAAGCUUAUAAAAAACAGCAAACUCUCAGACCUGAUCAAAAACCAGCCUAGUAACCUGGUGUACCCUAGACUAUAUGGUCUUCCCAAAAUACACAAGAUCGGGAUAUCCCUAAGACCAAUAGUCAACGCCAGAAACUCUCCGAUAUACAAACUGGUACACUAUCUAGUCAAAAGACUAGAGCCACUCACGGGAAAACCAGAUCCAAAAUCAAGAAUUCUGCACACUUCAUACAAAAAAUUCAAAACAACCGAUUGCGGCCUGAUGACAUAUUGACAAACAAACAGCAAAGGCAGUCAUGGGAUCACCUACCAGGUGUAGAAGUAUGAAACCGGAAUUUCCCUAUAGAUGGUGCUAGCCAUCAGUUUAGGGACC